ACGUACAAUAUUUACGAAAAAAUGUCUCUACCCUAUUGGCCUUACUUUAUUCCAAGUACGGCAACUUUAGAGACGGUUAAGGUUGGUGACCGCAGAAUUUCGUUGGCUAUUCGGGAAGUGCCGCGUAGGAUUAUUCUUGGCAACGGUAACUCAACUGGCCAGAUUGGCUGGUUGACUGAGUCGCAUUUAAAUUGGAUUUGUACCAAAAUUAAGAAUCUGUGUGGUGGCCUUAACGAAUGGAACCAUGAUUCGCCCGAGCUUAAGACGACAUUCGUAAUUGAGGAAGCCAGUUUGAAGGUAGCUAUGGAGCCUGACCUUGAGUCGCUGCAGAUGGAGCAGGACCAGGAGGAUUCAAAUUCUGACAACAUUCUACACAUAGCCAUAUUGGUCGAAGGGUUGCCUCUGGGACGAUUUCCACUAACCGAACUAAUUGGGGACAACUGUAUUAAUCGAUAAAUAUUGCAAUUCAAAAUGAAAAUUAUUCAAUACCACGCAAAAGUAAUUUGGCAUUUAAAAAUUGUUCAGUGCUCCAGCAGAUGACAGCGCUGCGUGGCUGUCACUCAAACUGUCCAUUGGUGGGUGACGAGCCAAAUGAAGUGAAAUAGUUUGAAAAUGUAAUUAAUUUAGUUACCGCCUAGAAAGUAGCCGGCAUAUGCUCGCCCAGCCCAUCACGUAUACGCCGCGGUGCACGCGACUAGCUGAUAUGCAAAAGGGCAUUUCACGCCCACGUGUCGAUGGGGCUUUAAAUUUUAAUUUUCGAUCAAACAAAAAAUAAAAGUUAAAAAGCGCA